AUGUUGUUCAAGUUUUCUGCUGCUCUUCUGGCCGUCCUGGUUGCGACUGCAGCUUCGGCGUCAACGACAGAAGAUGAGACGGUGACGGUCAAGAGUACUCGGACGGUUAUAGUCUGUCCAUGGAAAACACUGCCACCUUCUUGCCCUGACCAAGGUGUCUCGGCUGGCACCUUCCUCUCCAUUCCCACCGGUAGUCGUUCUGCAAGCGACGCUGGCAGCUGGGAGGACUGGGAUCCGACUACUCUGAUCGCAGCUGCAGCUGCAGCUGGCUCCUCAACCAUACACUCCCUGUCUGGUCCCGGUUGGAUAGACUGGGACGUCUCCAGCUCGACCUCAACCUCGACCUCGACCUCGACAGGGUCAGUCGGUCCCGUUUCGAUCACGACCGGCUCGUCGGUAGGGUCGACCACUUCUCAACCCUCUGGCUCGACGGCAUCCACCCAGACCUCGUCGACAAGCUCCUCACAGUCGGUGUCUAUCUCCUCGAUCAGCUCCUUGAGCACUAGUACCUCCAGCAGUUCUACGACCACAACUACUGCGAUCUCAAGUCUAGCGGUCGUUUCACCAGACCCUGCACCCACCGCGGUGGCUGGAGACGACAGCUUCUACGUGGUACUAAACCAGGUUAAUCCACAAGGAAGACACAAGCGAUCGACCACCUACAUCGGCUUCUCCGGCAUCGAUGCCAUCGCGGUGACGGACGAGACUCUAGCCUGGCCCUUGAAGCUCGAUUCGCUCAGCCACAUCCUCCAGUUCAGUGGAAAGGCCGGGUACGUGGGCUUCGACAGUCUAUUUGCUACUGAGCCAGUUCGACGAGUCAGCGACGACCAGAAAUAUGCCCCGAGCGUAUCUCUGGGCUGGUAUAUCGACGCUGUCACCGGCGCCCUAAGUUUUGGGACCGCCCAGUUUUGCAUCCUGAGUAACAGUCAAAUCUUUGCGUACUGGGACCGGAAGCUUCCGAAUGGCUGCGAUGCUGUGACGUUGACUCAAUACUCAUUGCCGCCUCUCGCAAGCGGCGAGAGCGACACGAUUGACGGCAGCUUCCAGAUCGAGGUGGAGGGACUUGGGGCAACGUACUACGUCGGCUUCUGCGGCAGUUUCAAGUACGAGCCCCGGAUCUGCAAUGUUCCCACGCUCUACUUUGCCUGGACCAUGAACGGAGGCCAGAUCACCACGAACAACGGCACCGGGGGAUGGCUGGUGGCGCCGACGGAUUCCAACUUAGUCAUCACCGCUCUGCCGUUGUUGGUGUACACCAGCCUUAUAUUGGACCCAGUCUAUAACCGGUGGAUCGUGGAUGAAGAUGGAUAUCUGCAGAUGCCGGCCGUGGGAUCCAGUCCUGCCGCCAGCUUCAGCGGCCGUGCAGGCGGGAUUGUGAACUACCAAUUCAACGGAGCAGACAGCUCCAUCAAGUUGAGAGUGAGGAAACGGUCUUCGUCUUCCACCACGACAACCACAGCCACAACAAGUUCCAGCAUUCUAUCAACCACGUCGGGCACUCUGGCGACGACCACGACCACUAGAACACCCGACACAACCACCACGACCACAUCAUCAUCAACGUUCAGCACAGCUUCAAUGAUACCGAUAUCGGAGUCGACGACCACGGCAGCCACAGCCACAGCCACAUUGACAAGUUUGACGGAGACGACAGACAUGACCACAGGUACAACCACAACCACGAGCUUGACGUUGUCCACCAGCUCAUUGGUUUUCUAUGGGAAUACAACAUCUACAUCUACAUCCACUACCUCUACCUCUGCAACUAGCUCUGCCACUACCCCCACGACCACGGCAGCUCUAACCACAGCCACAUCGAUAGGUUUGACAUUGAGCAUAGGUAUAGGCAUUGGUACAACCACAACCACAAGCUUGACGUUGUCCACCACUCUGCCCACUACUACGAGCACCACCACUACUGCUGCUAUCUACACUUCCACGACCAGUGCAAGUAGUACAUUAAGUACCACUACCGCCGUAGCAACUACUACCACGUCGACUCAUCGCAUCAAAGCCGCAGAGAGCGACUUCACCUUGACAGUCACCGACGUGCAAUCGGCGACAUCUCCCGGACUGCCUCCUGCCACGGAAACCACUCGGGACCCGACUUGCCACCCAGGGGCGGGCAGUGCACUGUGCAGCACAGAGGUGACAGGCUCGGGACUGUACCAGGCCGAUUACACGGUGUACUGCUCGGAAUACUGGACCGGCGAUCUCUCGACAGACCCAGUGAACUCGGCAAACUUCCUGUCUCAAGCUCAAGGCUGGCACGCGGACAGCUUCGACCAGUGCCUCGAGAUGUGUGACAAUGCGGCCGACUGCGUGGCCAUGACUUUCUCGUCUAACAGUGUCUGCACGUCGGCGAACUGCAGACUAUUGAGGGACGUUCAGGACCGAUACACCGAAGCUGCUCUCAACGACUACAGCAGCUGGGACAGUGCUGCGAUUGGGAACGCCGUGUUGGGGACUAAUCCUGAAACAACGUCAACGUCAACGUCAACGUCGACAUCCAGCACGACUUCAUUGAUAUCGGAGUCGACGACGACAGCCACUGCCACUACCACCACAGCCACUACCACCACAGCAACUACAACCACUUCACCGACCAGCGUAGGUAGUACAUCAAGUACUACUACGACCCCUACGGCCACGACGACCACUGUCACUACUGCCACUACCACCGUAGCCACCUCUACUGCUACUAGUUCUACUACCUCCACCACCACUACCACCACCGCCGUAACCACCUCUACUACUACUACUUCUCCUCCCACCACCACCACCACCACCACCACCACCACCACCACCACCACCACUUCUACUACCCCUACCGUAUCAAGCACUACUACAUCAAGUACAACCACCACUACUUCUACUCCUACCGCAUCAAGUACUACUACCACUACUACCAUUGCCACUACUACCGCAAGUAGUACAUUAAAUACAUCAACUACCACUACAACCACUUCUGCUACCACUACUACUACAUCAACUACCACUUCCACCACUCUCACUACCACCACCACUACAUCAACUACUACCACUUCUACUACUACCACCACUACAUCAACUACCACUUCCACUACUACCACUUCCACCACUACCACUCCCACUACCACCACCACUGCCACCACUACUACCACUGCCACCACUACCACUUCCACCACUACCGCUCCCACUACCACCACCACUACCACUACUACUACCACUUCUACUACUACCACUACCAGUUCCACGCCCUGCGACACUGGCGGCGCCCAACCGACAUUCUCGCUCGUCACCCUCAACAGUACCACCUAUUCCGACGGCACCGCGGUCACGCUCGAGCCCGUCGGACCAGCAAGCGACCCAUACGACUACGUCAUCUUCGACUCUUCAACAUCGUCCGGCACAGUCUUCACCUUCGACAACCAAGGCCAGUUCGUCGAGCUCAGCACCGGAUACAUAGCGGCGGCGCUCACUUCCACCGCCAACAACGACGCCGUAUUCGAGUUCGCGCCUGAAACCACCAUCAGCGAUCUAGGAUUGACCAUCAUGUCUUGCUCCUUGGUGUGUCCGGCCAAUGGAGGCACUCGGCCCAUCUUGUCGUGUAGCGUGGACGGAUAUACGCUGCUGUGGACCGAGCCUGGGUUCCCGAACUUGUCGAUUGGGAACUACUAUCCUUCUGAUGCGGUACCGAUCACGCUGGAAGCUUUGAUUGAGAGUUAG